AGAUGGAAAAGCUAACUAUAACUCAAAUUUGAGGAGAAACUGGAUCCUGCAGCGGAGUGAGAUCACAGCUUGGACACAUAUACCUGUCUGUUCCACAGAGGGCUGAAGAGAAAAGAGAAAACGAGGUCAAUUAUGAGACUUAUCUGAAAGAAGAGCAAGUGCCACACAUCUGGCAGCAGCUGGUGUCAAAGUUUCAGAGAGUAGGAGUUGUGCGUGUGUAGCAGUUUAAAGAAAAGACAGCUCUCUACAAAUGAGGAGUUUUUAACCUGUGCGUUGGACCUGCCACACUCUACUUAUUAUAUCACAGCUGGGAGGCGAGGGGGGAAAGAGCCGGGGUGAAAAUAGGCGAGAGAGAGAAAGACAAGGGAAGAAAUAAUAAGAAAAGACCAGAGCAUUGUCAGAGUGGAGAGGCGACAGAAGCAUAUGGUAUUCAAAAUACUUUGGAGAAGUACUUCCUGCUGAGAGUUGAAGCAUCAUCAUCAUUUAAAAGUCAUCAGACUGUGUUCAUCCUCUAACAGACGCACAGGACUGACUGUCACAGGAUUAAAGGACUUCAGUUAGAGGGGAAGUUUCUCAUCAUGGCCCCUCCCUCUGUGUUGAUGCUGCUCCUGGUGGUUGCUGUGGUAACUGGGGCCCGUGCAGCCAGCGAGGAGAACGAACUGGAUUAUGGGUACUGGAACUACAGAGAGGGCGCCGACAGUGUGAAUGUGGCCUCAGUGCGCAGUGUGACCAGAGUUUUGGACGCAUGGGGAAAACGCAUCUUCCGUGAGAUCAAGACUCUUCUGCACUCUCAGCCCAGCACACUGCUGCCAGACUACUCCAGGGUGCGCCCUCUGUCCGAGUCCGUCAACGACCUGUUCAGAGAAGUCUCCCUACUGCGCAGGCGCAUUACAGAGCUCUCGAAUCGCCUAGCAACCCUGGAACCGUUCCUCCGUCGCCACGGCUACCGGGAGGAGGGGGAGGAGAGGGCGCGAGGCGACCGGGCGCAUGCUCCUCAGAUCCUGAGAGGAGAGGUCGCGAGCCUGGCCCAGUACACCGCGAGGACCCCACCGAGGGGGAGUCGGGUGGUGAGCAGGAGACGGGUGAGAGUGAAGAGCGGGGGAGUGAAGCUGAUCCAGAGAGAGAUAGACACACUGACACACUGAGAACUCCUGCAUAUAUAUAAUAUACUUAGAUCUUUUUUAUAUUCAAUACGACAUAAACAUAACAUAUUCACUGCUUGUCUUAUAAGAUCAUACUUUUUUUUUUCUGGUUUGCAUUUGUCAAUAAAUAACUGUAGCCUAUAAUGAUUGGCACACUGACACAGAGAACAACUCCUGCAUAUAUUAUAUAAUAUAGAUUAUUUUAUAUAAAAUACUUAUAUACAUAUAUAUAUAUAUAUAUAUGACUUUAACAUAACUGCUUGUCCUAUGAGAUCAUAAUUAUUCUGGUUUGUAUU